UAUACCUGCCCUCAUCACCCACCACGGAGCAGUCGCAGUAGCAGAAAAUCAGCAAAUCAGCAAAUCAGCAGAUCAGAUAAAAUAGUACGCUUCCACACCUCUGCACUCUUUUCAAUCGCUUCAAAAGUUUGACGGCAUGCUCGUUUAAUUUUUAGUUCGAACUGCACGAUUGAAGAGUAUUCUGUGGCUGUUUUUGCGCUUGCUACUACUCCAGCUUCCAAACAAACACUAAAUCACCCAAAAUGACCGAUUCGGACUCCAAGAAAGGCAAACACAAUGGCCAUCACGCGGAAUUGAAUAGCCCACAUCAUCACCAUAAUGAUAUAGUUGAGAAUGAACCAUUAUCAUGGAGAUUUUGGCGGAAGCAACGUUAUAUUGUCGUGCUGAUGGCAUUCUUCGGCUUCUUCAAUGUUUACUCGAUGCGUGUGAAUCUCUCUGUGGCCAUUGUGGCCAUGACUGAGAAUCGUACGGUGAUUGAUAGUGACGGCAAUGAAUCGUGGACGCAGGACUUCCCUUGGGACUCUAAGCAGAAGGGUUUGAUCUUAAGCUCAUUCUUCUACGGGUACAUUUUGACUCAAUUUCUGGGUGGCUACAUCGGCACUAAGAUCGGCGGCAAUAUUGUCUUUGGCACAGGAAUAGGCACCACAGCCAUUCUUACGCUGCUUACACCACUAGCUGCCAAGCAUAGUCUCGAAAUGUUCUUAGCCGUGCGCAUAAUUGAGGGCGUCUUUGAGGGAGUCACAUUCCCGGGAAUUCAUGCUGUCUGGGCACGCUGGUCACCGCCCUUGGAGCGUUCGCGCAUGGCUUCCAUUGCCUUCGCCGGAAACUAUGCGGGAACAGUUGUCGCCAUGCCAGCGUCCGGCAUGUUGGCUACGCGGUAUGGAUGGGAAAGCGUAUUUUAUGUUUUCGGAACAAUUGGUUGUAUCUGGUAUAUUACGUGGAUUAUUUUCAUUCGCGCCGGACCUGAGCUGGACCGCCAUUGCUCGAAGGAGGAGUGCGAUUACAUACAGAAGACAAUUGGUUAUGUGGGUUCCAAAAACAUCAAGCAUCCCUGGAAGGCGAUUUUCACAUCGAUGGCAUUUUAUGCCAUCAUGGCGUCACAUUUCUCUGAAAACUGGGGCUUCUAUACUCUACUAACACAGCUGCCAAGUUUCCUGAGAGAUACUUUAAACUUCGACUUGAGCAAGACCGGUUUUCUAUCGGCUGUGCCCUAUCUUGCCAUGGGUAUUCUGCUGGCCGUCUCAGGCUACCUGGCCGAUUGGCUGCAGGUUAAGGGAAUCUGGACGACCACACAGGUGCGUCGCAACUUCAACUGCGGUGCAUUUUUGUCACAGACAAUAUUCAUGAUAUUGACGGCCUAUCUGUUGGAUCCCGCUUGGUCGGUGGUUUGCCUUACCAUAGCCGUGGGCUUGGGCGCCUUCGCCUGGUCGGGCUUUGCUGUCAACCACUUGGAUAUUGCACCACAACAUGCCAGCGUUUUGAUGGGAAUCGGUAACACGUUUGCUACCAUUCCUGGUAUUGUCAGUCCUCUACUUACUGGCUACAUUGUGACUGAGCAAACAAGUACCGAAUGGCGCCUAGUGUUCUUCAUUUCUGCGGGAAUUUACCUCAUUGGUUGUGUCAUUUAUUGGUUCUUCGCUUCGGGCGAGUUGCAAGAAUGGGCAAAAUCACCGGAACAAAAGGCUUUGGAGGCGGAAGAAAGGCAACUGCAGCUGACACAGACAUCGGGCUUUGUUAACGCAGCUGCGGAGCUCAAGGAAUAGACCGCUACAAAUCAAAGAAGUGUUCAAAAGUACCACACACGACAUACCCUAGUUUUAAAUAUUCAAAGUACCAUAUAUCAGUAAUUGAUGAUGCUGCGUUUAAGAGUUUGUUAUCCUUUAUGUGAUGCUAGCAAUAUGCUCAUUAUUGUUUUUACACGUUGCGUAUACCCUUUGUUAGAAUUUUAAUGCAUUCAAUAUAGAUGCAUA